AUGCCUUUGGCUAGAGAUGUACUACAUCUGUCCUUAGAAGAGGAGAAGAAAAAACAUAAAAAGAAAUGGCUAGUUCAAAGUCCAAAUUCCUAUUUUAUGGAUGUAAAAUAUCCAGGUUGCUACAAGAUCACCACGGUUUUCAACCUUGCUCAGACAGUGGUACUUUGCGUAGGUUGUUCAACAGUGUUGUGCCAGCUGACAGGAGGAAAGACUGGACUCACAGAAGAGUGUUCAUUUAAAACAGUGAUCCGACACUGUUGA